AUGGGCAAGUCUUACUUAAUGGGAUGUCUCAUCUUACUCUGUUGUUUGAGGGGUUUCUCUGCAUCGUUUGCACAUGAGGUUGACACACCUGAUAAAGUCCUCGUUGGUGAAAAUAACAAUGUUGUGGAGAUUGUGCAGUGUAGAAUGUGCCACCUCCAGUUUCCCGGGGAAAAGUGCUCUAGAGGAAGAGGAAUAUGUACGGCCACAGCAGAAGAGGCCUGCAUGUUUGGAAAGAUCUUCAAAAGGGAUGGUACCCUCUGGUUAAACUUCAUGGGCUGCCUAAAGAACUGUGCUAAUGUGAAAAACAUAAGGUGGGGUCCCUAUCUGGUGGACUUCAGGUGCUGCCGGGGCUACGACAUGUGCAACGAAAGGUUUUAG